AUGACCAGCGAGAACACCCCAUCCCAACCUGCAGCUGCGGCCGAAGACUGCAAAGAAGCACAGCUUGCCCCGGAUGCAAACCCCACCACCGAACAACGCGACUUCUCAGUCUUCACAGUCGGUCAAAAGAGGGCUAUUGUGGCUACCGGAUCUCUCGCUGCAUUCUUCUCGCCCUUGUCAUCGAGUAUCUACUUCCCUGCGCUACAGACCAUCUCGAACGAGCUGGGUGUUUCCAUCUCAAAAAUCAACUUGACAGUAACAACAUAUCUGAUUCUACAGGGCUUCGCGCCUAUGCUGAUCGCUGGCUUCUCGGAUACCGCCGGUCGACGCCCCGCGUACAUCAUUUGCUUCACAAUCUACAUCGCCGCCAACCUCGGACUCGCUCUACAAAAUAGCUAUGCGGCCCUCCUGGUCCUCCGAUGCAUCCAGUCAGCCGGGAGCAGUGGAACGGUGGCCCUGGCAAACGGUCUUGUGGGAGAUACAAUCACCUCCGCAGAGAGAGGCUCAUACAUCGCCUUCGCAUCCGUCGGCUCAAUGCUAGGCCCCUCGCUAUCCCCCGUCAUCGGCGGCCUAAUAAGCCAAUAUCUAAACUGGCACUGGAUAUUCUGGUUCCUGCUAAUCUUCUCCGGAGUCUUCGCCACCUUCCUCAUCCUCUUCCUACCAGAAACAUGUCGAAAAGUCGUCGGCGACGGAUCAAUCCCCCCACCACUCCCCAGCAUGUCCGUGACCGAUUACAUCCGACACCGAAACAGAAAACGCCGCGGCUCAGUCUCAACGCAAGAAAUCGCCGACGCGAGAAAGAAUUACGCCUUCCGUUUUCCUUCACCAAUACCUACCCUCCGCGUCGCGACGGACCUCGAAACAGGCGCCAUCCUCCUAACAACAGGCCUCAUGUACGCUGGCUUUUACGCAGUAAUGACAGGCGCAACAACAACCUUCCACGAAGUCUACCACUACAACAACAUCCAAACAGCGUUGAUGUACAUCCCCAUCGGCGCAGGAGGAAUAGUCUCAGCUUUCACAACGGGGCGAUUCGUAGACUGGAAUUACCGCAGUCACGCUCUCCGGGCCGGCCUCCCGGUCCAAAGAAAUAAACACCAAGACAUAAGCAAUUUCAAUAUCGAAAAAGUUCGCCUCGAACUCGCUAUCCCAGUCUACUACGCCAGCAACAUCCUCAUGGUCGCAUUCGGAUGGGUCAUUGGUAAGAAAGUCCACGUCGCGGCACCGGUUAUUCUUCUCUUUCUUUCGGGUUGGGCUUUGAAUGCUACGUCUCAGAUUUUAAAUGCGUUGAUGGUGGAUCUUUGGCCGGGGUCUUCGGCUGCGGCGACCGCGGCGAAUAAUCUCAUGCGAUGUGAGCUUGGUGCGGCUGCUUCUGCGGCUAUUAAUCCUAUGCGUGAGGCUAUGGGGUGGGGAUGGGCUUUUACGACGCUCGCGCUUAUUUCGAUCGCGGCUUCGCCGACGCUUUGGGUUAUGACUAGGUAUGGAAUUGUUUGGAGGAAGAGGCGACUGACUAGGGAGAGGGAGAGAGAUGAGGAGAAGGAAAAGAGAGAAGGAAGUUAG